UCAUCACUUAAGAACUCUACGGCCAUUAAUCUCCCGCGUUGAAACAACAGAUUUCUUCGAACCAAGAGCACUUCCCAUUGGUGAAAUUCUUUUUUCUGCACACAAAAGAGCCAUGGUCAAGCAAGCGUAUUAAUUGAGCGACCUAAUUGGCAUUACAUUUGCAUGGCUUUGAAUUACGAGAAAAGUACAAAAGGCGUCAGGAAACUGUUGUUCAGGAUAAUGAGUCCGUCUAACUUGUGUUAUAGGCUGCAAUGCAUUGUUUUGAAUGGUCGUGCCGUGUAAGUCUCGAGGUUCCUUGUUGCCAUGAUAAAUAUUAUUUGCAAAUCUUCCUAAAUACUUUCAAAGGAAACACAGAUUGAGCUAAGAAGCUACGGAGAGCCCUCACAGCAGCUUUUUCGUUCUAGUGAACUGACGAAUCUUGUCAACAAGUAUUAAACACAAUAAGUGGAUAUAUUACGACUGGCAAAUAGUUCUUAUUUCCAGCUGGUUGUUCUGAUUGAUUACCGCAUGUACAGAGAGCACGAGAAUAUUGCAAGAGAACACCAAAUUUGUUUGCCGAAAUAAGUGUCUGUUUCCACCUCAAAAAAGAAACGAUAUUGUCACCUGUACAAACAAAGCUAGUUGUUCUUACGCUAGAUGGAGAUCAGGCAGAUGUAGCAGUUCGCUUUUGCAACGAUGACAUUUCAGUCGUAGCGACCUGGCGAAAAGAUGAUUCUCUACGCUUCUAUGUCCUCGACCGAACUGAGGGCGAUACGUUUUUAUUUGGAGUCGUCAAACAUCAGUUGCUGUUACUACGAUCUAGACACAGGGAACAAAGAAGAGACAAAAGCUAGUCUUCUAAGAAAGAACCCAUCUGGUAUUGUUCCAUUUCUAGAAGACUCGGACAACAUCAUCUUGGGAACAGUCCCAAUACUAUUGUACCUGGCUGAGACUCAUGCUAACUUUGCAAUGUGUGGUAAAACUUUAGAAGAUCGUGCUAAAGUCGAAAGUGUAUUGAUGUGGGCAUCUGCAUCACUUGCAAGAUCAGUCUUCUACGAUUUUGCUGCGCCUAGACUUCACGAGAGCCACUCAAUCGGCGAAUUUGAAAGCAUCCAUCUAGUGACACAUGGCAAAAGUGAAAUAAUAGAACAUUUUGAUGUGCUAGAAAAGCACUAUCUCAACAACAACAACAACAACACAAAGUUUCUGGUUAACAAUGAACUGACGCUUGCUGACGUAUACACCGCCAUUACGAUAUCGUUUCUAGAGCCACUGUUAUUCGAUUUUUCACCAUGGCCGGGGCUUUGCAAAUGGUUCGAGGGCAUCAAAUCGGCGAUUGCCCAAACAUCACAAAAAAACAUGCUAACAAGGCUGUUGUCUUUCAACAGAACUACUGUUGCCGUAUAAUAGUAGUGAUAAUGCGCUGGAAAUGCAGAUUAUAUGUAGACCAAGAUAAAUACAAUUCAAUGUAGAUCAUGCAGGAAUUUAAAUACAUUUUCUGUUUAAAAGGAUACAA